AUGGACGGAACGUUCGACGUCAGCAAGUCACUCGAUCCGAGCUACAUGUUCUACCUGAGCUCCAGGUGCGUUUAUCAACCUAUCAAAUCAGAUCCUGUAGAUCACUCUCAACCCUGCCUUAGUACGAGAAUACCUUGUCGUGAAUCAUUCCAAUUAUUUAAAAGAAAUCAGUAAUUAUAUUUGGCUGUGCUUCGAAUCUCAGCUUUUCCAUGACUCUUAUCGGUCUUUCUUAAGCGAACGGUGGAUAAGGCGAUUCAGUCAAUCUUUAUUCCUCAAUGGAAGUGAAUUACGAAGAAUUCUCUUAAAACUAUUAAGCUUCCUCAAGGAAAUGGAUCCGUUCAUUUGCCACGAGGUUAAACUUCCAGGAAGUCAUAUAUUUAAGAGAAGGGGCUUUGAGAGUAUUCAGAAAUUGUUUUCAUCAAAGGAAUCCAAUAUGUCUCAUCAAAAUUCUAGUGGGAACUGUUUUGAAGUGACUUUUUUCCACAGGUCUAUAAAUUUCUCUGCUCAUUCAUCAGAAAUCUCAGGACCCCAUGAUAAAAUUGAAUGGAUUCAAAAUGGUCAGAGAUAAGGAAAACUCAGUUUUUUUUAGGUUUUUGAUACCGAAUUCCCUUAUCAUCGUUACAGGCCAACCGUUAUUUUUAACUCACGCCCCCGUGUUUGACGUCAAAAACGUUCUUUGUCGCCAUUUCGAGUCGAAAAAAGAGAAUGAUUUUUGUGGGCACCUCACGUGGGUCUCUAAUUUAUGACGGGAUUUUAAUUGACUGAGGGAAACUUCAGGAAUUCCACAAGAAAGGGAAUUAUGACGCUUACAAGAUUUGCCGUGAAAGAAAAAACUUCGAGCGUCAUAAUCUAUGAUUAUUUCGAAUGAAAAGAAAAGCCUGUAGCGUUCCAAACAUCUGAUUUCUCCCAUAUAGUUUUUUAUUCAUUCACGAGUUUUUGUUUGGAAAAAAAGAAAUCCGUUCGUUGUUGAGAUUUCCCAACCGGCAAAAAAGGAAAGGGCACGCGCACUUUCGCGUGCACAAAAACAGAAAGAACAACCCAAAACCUUUUUUGGUCGUUUCCCAGUGGGUACAGGGAAACUUUGGAUUCUGUUCAACCUUUGUUCGACGUUCCAAAUUCAUUCAGAUAUGAAAUUUGAAAGAAAAAAAAGACUAUCUUCUGUGGGAAUUCUCGGUGUUUGCUCAUUCCGCCGACACCUGCUCGACUUUUAUUUCUGCUUUGGUCUUUUCCUUUCCCUUUAGAUACCAUUCCUCGAAAUUGGUUCUAUAAAUAACGCGUUUUUAUCGAGAUCGGUAUCGCGUUUUGCCUCGUGGAACGUCUUUUGUGAGGUUCCGACUAUUUCGAGGCCUCUUUGAUCUUUCAAUUCCAACACCCUCUACAAACCAAACCUCAAACUGCUAUUCUUAACGUUCAAACUUCAAUCCGACUAGGAAGAGAUUAAACGCUAGAAUUUCAGCCUUUUGCUUCGAUUCAAAAAUCGCCGUUUUCAUGCAACUAGUGAAGCCUUAAUCUGGUUCCCACAACAAACCAAAAAGUUUUGGUGAACCACUGAUUUUUCUUGUCGCUCAUCAUAAUCUAGAUUGUGAAAGAUCAAAAACCUAUAAUUUCCUUUAUUUCAAAUCAAUUUUUGAAAAGAGAGCUGAUGGGUGAAAAUUAAAACAAAUAGAAGAAAAUGUUUUGAUGCUUCUUUUUUGUACAAAGCUUUUCGAAUCUCUAAUGGGAAGCACAUGGAGUGGCUAUCAACAUUUUAUCAAUCAGUCCUACUUAGAAAAGCUUUCAAUUUCAAUAUUUUUUUUUCAAGAAAACGUUCAAAAAGUGCGUUUUUUUAAAAAGAUAGCGAGCCUGUGUAGACAACACGGCUGUAGCACGAAAAUCUAAGGUCUUUUCUUGUUUUUUAUGAUAAUUAUUGUGUGGUAUACUCGUUUGAAUGCCGCCGAUCUUGGCACGGAACGACGCUCCGCCCACCCGCCACAAAGCAGAGACGCUCCGCCUCCUGAACGAGUCAUUGCAGCCGUCUGGUGCCAGCCUCGCCGCUGUUUUUGUCCCUUGCUCCAUAUUUCGAAUACCUCGAAGCUAGAAAUCUCAAGGAUAUGAACAGAUAUAGUACCGCAAGAGAUAUUAGUAUAUCUAAAAACCUAUUGAAAAAAAUUCAUGAGUUUUUUUCAAUAACUGAAAAAGAAUACUUUCGAAAUUUAAUAUUUAAGCUUCUUUUUCUGAAAUGAUUUUUGAAGCGAUAGCGGUAAAUGCACUUUUUCUGCCAUACUUUCGACCAGUCAUUCCCCCACACACACACACACACAAUGCCUCGCGCCCUCUGACUCAUUUUAAUGCGUUCCUCCGGCUUUUUUCCGUUCCCUAAUGACGUCUGCGGAAAUACUAGGGAGAGUCUGUUGACGUUAGAAGGCUUUAUUCUACUUCCUUUUUCAGAGAACCCUGCCUAGUAUUAUCUCUCAAAGAAUUUGGUUUCUCUAGAUUUGUGAACAUUUUUCUGGAAUGUUUAUCAAAACUUUUAGUCAUCCUACGGCAGUGGGAAGACAAAGUCCGCCGAAACCAUGUUUCUGUCAACGUGUUUACGGUGAACAAAAAACGGAUGCCAAACAGGGUGCCCUUAAGCUUGCACUUUGCGAGUGAGAAGUAGAGAAACAAAUCGGCGAGGAACGCUUCCCGGUUGCGUAAUUCCGUUUCGCCAAACUUUGAACGCGGCAAAGUCUCGCGACAUCACAUGUAGAUCGAAGGGGCGUGGCCUUUUCAAUCUGCUGUUUGAAUACAACGUUUGAUAAACGAAUCAGGUGUUCAUGGCUAUUUAUGUUGGUUCGUAUAAAAUACACUAGAAAAAACAAAGUUCAUCGAGAAAAUUCCCGUGACCUUCCCUUUAUAAACGCCCGAACCUCCUGUACUUUUCGACACUUUCCAAGCAUGAAUCUAACGGUUUCUCCCUAUCUUGAGAACGUUCAACCCAGUUUCUCAUAAAAUAUUCUUUUCCCUUGAGCUAUUCCUAUUCUCUUAUUUACCGAUAAAUUUUCGUUCCUUCUGCUUGUAGCUCCAAAAUAUUCAAUGUGAUUCAGUUUUCCGAUCAGUUCUCCUCCAAACCUUGCCAACAUGUUCGUCCUUCACUCGAAACCAGUGACUUUCUCGUGUGGCGGACCGUUCGCCUCGUCGUCCUGCCAAUCCGAAUACGAUGGAAAGGUGAGAGACAUCUCAGCAGUUCACCUGAACCUCACCUGCUGUCUUUAGAUGGAGGCAGCUCUGGAGUCUAAAGUCGCCGUCGGCGGUCUCCGUCGCUCGCUUCGUCGCACAUCUUCCACCUUGUCUCAGCAGCUUUCAUCCCUGGAAAUCUGCCAAGCCGACGCUACUCAGGUUUGUUUUCAAAGUACUAGGUUUAUCUUUUGAACUAAUACUUCCGAAAAGCUGUUUACAAAAACAGAGACAGGAAAUAAAAGAACAGUUACAGAUUGAAAUCGACGUCACUUCGGGCACCUCCUCGCACUUCUACGUCAAGAUCUUCGUUCCGACGGGCGAAGUCGGACUCCUCGAGUUCCCCACGUACGGCGAGACUCUGUCUUUCACAGCCAGUCAGCCAGGCUGUGGCCACGGCGUCUGGAAGUUCGUCGUCUGCACCGCCGUCGACGGAAAGUGAGUCUUCCUUUUUUCUGAAAACUCCGCGAAUCCAACUUGAAGUCAAAAGUUUGACGAACUACGCCAUACGGCGAAACAGACUUUUUUGAAAAAAAUUAUGGAAAUUGCAGGGAAGAAACUCUCGUGGAGAAGACGAUGAACCUGGACGGCGUCGGCACGCUUUUCUUCGCCAUCGACGAAGAUUUGCGUCUUCGCCUCGCCGAUCAGGAGUUCCUCCACAUGGGCCACUGCCACAAGCGUCGUCACUAA